AUGGAAAUUGAAAUGGGAAAGUUGUUCAUUGGUGGGAUUUCUUGGGAGACCAAUGAAGAGCGUCUAAGGGAACAUUUCGACGCUUUUGGUGAAGUCUUAGAAGCUGUGAUUAUGAGGGAUCGGGUGACUGGCCGAGCUCGUGGUUUUGGAUUUGUGGUCUUUUCCGAUGCAUCUGUUGCUGAAAGAGUUGCUAGGGAAAGGCAUGUGAUUGAUGGCAGAACUGUGGAGGCGAAAAAGGCCGUCCCAAGAGACGAUCACCAAACGCUCAUCAAAAACAACAGCAGCAGCAGCUCACUCGGCUCACUCAGCCCAAACCGAACCAAAAAGAUUUUCGUCGGGGGCCUCCCAUCGACUAUCACUGAGACCGACUUCAAGAAAUAUUUCAGUAGAUUCGGGACAAUAAUAGACGUGGUCGUGAUGUAUGACCACAACACGCAGAGGCCGAGAGGCUUCGGGUUCAUAACUUAUGAUUCCGAGGAAUCAGUGGACAAGGUCUUGGUAAAAACAUUUCACGAGCUUAAUGGGAAAAUGGUCGAGGUUAAGCGGGCCAUCCCGAAAGAACUGUCUCCCGGGCCUGCUCGAAGCCCGUCGAGCGGGCUCUUCAACUCUUUUUCUCCGGGCCACAACAGCAGUUUGAAUUCGACGAGAACAGCAGAAGGGCGUUUUAGUCAUUUUGGUCGUGUCGGAUACCCACCUUAUAGUUCUGGUGGAAAUCAGAGCAUGGGAUCAAAUAGUGAGGAUUCUUUUGGUUUGGGGUAUAGAAAUGAGAUGAUGGAAUAUUCAUAUUUCGGUGGGAAUUCUGGUAAAAAUGGUUCUUUCUCGAGUGCCCUUAACCGAGAUGUGUGGGGGAAUGUGAAUUUAGGAGAAGUUUGGGGUGGGUCUUCUGUUUCUGCUAAAGGUAGGGAAAAUUUUAUAUAUGGUGGUGUGCAGGAUAGCUAUGGUGGGGUGACGGGUGGUCAUACGAGGGACAAUGGAGGUUUUUCUGAUUCAGCAUCAUUAUUUUCUAGUACAGGUAAUGUUCGUGAGAAGGGCUUUGGGGAUUUGUAUGGGGGUGAUUCUUUUUAUUCGGAUCAUAUUUGGCAUUCAUUGUCUCGGGAGUUUGAAGGGUCGGUCCCUUUUGGUUAUGGACAUGAGGAACGGGUGGCUAAUGUUGUUGUACCAAACAAUCCGGUUGGUUAUGUUGGGGAUUAUCGUGUUACUAGCUCUAAUAGAGCUGUGAACUCAAGUCACCAUGCUGUAUUUGAUACGUUUGUCACUAUAUCAUUAUUCUUGAUUGUAUUUGGGACAUUGAGGUUUAGUGAGCUUCCGAGGUUCUUGUCCGUGUCUCGGGUUUGCUUUCUCAGCAAACUGGGAGCUGACACGUGUCGGCAAACUGGGAGCCGGCAUGUGUCUUGUACUUGGCUAAGCAUUUAG